AUUAGCGAGAGAGCUGAUUAAUUGCCGUUUACCUGGUCUUGCUGUGCAUGCAACUAGGUGAAAUAGGAUAGGAUGAUGACGUCAUUUUUUUCUUAGAUAAUUUUACAUCCUUCUUUCACUUUCAGCCAACACUAACUGUAGCCUAAAAGGGAGAAAAACUCAAAUCAUCUGUGGUAUGCUAGAAGAAAUAUUAUCUGCACAUAUGAUAAUCAUGGCCUCUGCUUUCUUUAUUGCAUUUAAAAGCAAAGGCAUAGUUGUAUAUGGAGAUCAUUAGGCUGGUGGUUUGUCUUCCAUUCAGUCAGAUCAGUAGAUUUGUAUUACUGGUAGAAAAACAAAUUAUUGGCAUGUUAUUUCAGCACAAGUUCUGUAAGAAUAGGUCACAAUCAGUAUUUUUUUUCUUUGAAAAUAAUUUUAAAAUUUCUGAAAUAUCAGCGUUGGUGUGGAGGAAUUCAACUGAAAACUGCUUUUUAUGAACCAUAACUUAAAAGAGUCAAGAUGGACAGCACAGAUGAACCUCAGAAAAAAGUCUUUAAAGCGCGAAAAACAAUGAGAGUAAGCGAUCGACAACAACUUGAAGCUGUCUAUAAGGUUAAAGAGGAGCUGUUGAAGACAACUGAAGUGAAAUUGUUAAAUGGAAAACAUGAGAAUGGAGAUUCUGAUUUAAAUUCCCCUUUAAGCAAUUCAGACUGUAUGGAGGACAAGAAGGAAGUUAAUGGCAUAGUUGACUUGUGUGUUAACUCAGAAGAGGAAAGAACAGCCUCUAAUGAAAUUAAUGAGGCCAAAAGCCCUGAAAGUAGGGCAGGAAACAUACUCAAUGACACAGAACCCAAACCUCUAACGCUGUCUCCAGAAAAUAAUACUCCUGAGCAAGAUAAAGAUACUGAUACUCCAGUAGCUUGUGAGGCAGAAAAUAGCGUGCUUGGUAGCAAUAAAGACAACUUGCAUGAACAAAAUAAUACAAAAGAUAAUUUGGACCAAAGUAAGAAUGACAUCCCAUUGGAAGGUGAAAGUAAACCAGUCUAUGAUAUUACUGACUCUUCUGAAGAAAAGGGAGAAACAGAUAAUAUAACCGUUAAUUCCAGUUCACCUGGUGGGGAAAAGAGGACUGAAGUAGUAGUAACUGUUGAAGAGGCUGUUGGAGAAGCAGCCAUCUCUAGCAGUAUGGAAGCUGACCAGGAAAAACGAGAGGGGAGUGCAAGUCUUUCAGAAACCACUGUUCCAAAGACAUUAGAUGAGCCAAGUCAAAGUAUCUCGGACAAUACUGACUCUAUGGAAACAGAUGAAAUUAUUCCAAUUUUGGAAAAACUAGCCCCUUCUGAAGAUGAUCUGAGCUGUUUUUCUAAAAGUUCUCUGCUUCCAGUGGAUGACACAGCCCCAGAUUUAGAAGAGAAAAUAGACAACUCUUUGGGUUCACCAUCCAAGCAGGAAAGCAAUGAAAGUCUGCCAAAAGAGGCUUUCUUAGUACUGUCUGAUGAAGAGGAUCCCUGUGAUGAGAAAGAGGAACGGGUUGAAGGGAUAGUACCAAACAAGUCAAGUCUUCCAGAAGAGGUGAAGGAGGAGAGAAUAAAUGAGGGCGAGGAGAACAAAGAAGGAGAAGAGGCCCGCAAAGAAGAAGAGAAACAGACAGAGAGAAGUGAAGCAUCAAAGAGAAAGCGUUCCAAAUCUGAGGACAUGGAUGAUGUUCAUUUUAAACAUCGUCGGUGCAUGGGAGAAGAUUAUGAAGCAGAACUCCAAGUAAAAAUUACAGCUAGAAAGGAUGUUGACCAAAAAUUACAAAAGGUUAUCCAGAAACUGUUAGAAGAAAAACUUACCACUUUACAGUGUGUGGUAUUUGACAAGACUCUAGCAGACUUGAAAGCCCGAAUAGAGAAAGCUGAAUGUACCAAGAGGCAUAAAACUGCAUUUACUGAACUACAGGCUAAAAUUUCUAGAUUGACAAAGCGGUUUGGAACAGUCAAGGAGGACUGGAAGAAGAGACAGGAAAAUACAGCAAAUCCACCUGCAUCUCCAGGGAAAACAGCAGCUGACACUGCAAAUACAAACAAUGCCACGUAUCGAAAUGCUGGCACAGUGAGGCAGAUGCUGGAGUCAAAGAGGAAUGUAGGAGAGAGCACACCAGCAACUUUUCAAGCACCUAUAAGUACAGUGCCAGCUUCCAGUCUUGCUCCUUCUCCAACAGUUGUCAGUGGACAUCCUAAGCUUCAGACUCCAGUGACCUCCACCACCUCUUUGACGACAGCAGUUCUUCCCACAGCUAACACAGCUACGGUUGUAGGCACUAACCAGGUGCCCACUGGAAAUACUCAGUCAGUGGCUGUCUCACUGCAGUCUUUGCCCGUAAUCUUGCAUGUCCCUGUUGCAGUGUCAUCCCAGCCUCAGCUUCUGCAAGGCCACCCAGGGACUUUGGUCUCUAACCAACAGUCAGGCAAUGUUGAAUUUAUAUCUGUACAAAACUCAUCUACAGUUGGUAGCCUUACCAAAUCUACAGUGUCUUUGGCAUCAACUAACACAACUAAACCAAAUAGCGUUCCACAUGUGCCCAGUCCUGGUAUUCAAAGGAACUCUACGACCAGUGCUGGGUCAAUAGGCACAACGUUGGCAGUACAGGCUGUUUCUACUGCACAUCCUGUUGCCCAGACCACAAGGACUUCUUUGCCCACAGUGGGUACUUCAGGACUUUAUACUGCUACCAGCAGUCGAGCGCCCCUACAGAUGAAGAUUCCUGUCUCUGCAUUUAAUAAUACGGCACCUACCGAACCACCCACCGUUGCAGCACCCAAGAUUGAAAACCAGACAAGCAGGCCACCAACAGAUACUUCGGCAAACAAGCGAACUGCUGAGGGAACAACACAGCAGUUGAAACAGGAAGAGACUUCAUCAGAAAAUAAAGAAGCGGUAGAAGCAGCACAGACGAAUUUUAACUUCCCUGAGGAUGUCCUCUUUGGCUUGGAGGAAGAGGAAGAGGAUGCUAAGAGCAUCAAAAACACCCACAAGCAGACUGGCUGGGCAGCUAACCUAUUAAAACAGUGGCUGGCCAAAAAUGGCAAGGAUCCUAGCUUUGAAUUGGUCCCAGUGAGUGAACUCAAUGAUAUCUUAAGAGAGUUUUAUUACACAAUAAGAAAUCAUGACGGAAAUACCUACAGUGUGGCAAGCUACAAGUCAAUGCGGGCUGGCUUAAACCGGCAUCUCAAAAUGCCACCUUAUAAUCGUCAGAUUUGCUUAAUGAAGGACAAAGAGUUUGCUAGUGCAAACAUGGUGUUUGUGAGCGUGCUGAAGAUGCUGCGCAUGCAGGGGAAGGAUGAGACUCACCACCAUCCUCCUAUAGCUGCUGAGGACUUGCGUAAGAUUAAACAGUCUGGUGUGCUGGGUUUGCACAGUCCACUGGCACUCGUCAACAAGGUGUGGUUUGAUUUGCAGUUGCAUUUUGCCAAGAGAGGGAGGGAAAUUUUGAGAGAUCUGGCUCCAGAUGCAUUUGUUGUUGAGAAGGACAAGAAUGGGCGUCGAUAUGCUAUGUUUAGGUAUCCUGGCAAAGGAAAAAAUGGAGAAGAUCCUCAUAAAAUGGGUAAAAUGUAUGAUAUGCCAGGUGACCCAAACUGUCCUGUUUUUUCAUUGGAACUUUAUUUGUCCAAGUUGCCUCCAGAACCCCCUGCCUUUUAUCUGCACCCCUUAAAGCUAACAUCAGAGCAAAUGCAAGAGCAGUCUGUCUGGUACAAAAGAGAACCAAUGGGGGUGAAUUACCUGGGUACCAUGAUGCCCAGGAUAAGUGUGGCAGCCCAGCUCUCUCAGCGGUACACCAAUCAUUCUCUCCGAACUACCACCAUCCAGCUACUGUGUGAAGCAGGACUGGGGCCUAGAGAAAUAAUGGCAGUGACAGGCCAUCGCUCCGAGUCUGCUAUUAGACACUACUGGGGAUCUGCAGAGGUUCGCUACAGGGCCUGGUCAGAUAUAAUGGAAAAUAAUGCCCCCAGUUACCUAUAUAGCAAGAUCCCAAAUGAAGUGAUAAAAGAAUCACUAUCUGGUGCCUCCACCUCUUCUGUAAAACACAUUGUUCUAGAACAAAACAAAAUUUUAUUCCCUACAAAAUCUGUGGUGCCACCUGGCACUAAUUCUGUGGCUUUAGUUCCUGAGGGACACCCAGCCCUAAAUUGCAGAAGCCCUGUCCUGUUGAACCACAGUUCUUCCAAGGUGUUUCUCCCCAGGAAUGUGACCAGCGGGAACCUAACUGCCGCUCCCCUUCAAGGCUGUUGUAACAAACCUGUCUUUAUAAAGCGUGUGAUAAAACAAGAACCAAUGACUUGAUGCUUCUGUAAUGGAACUGAUUUCAAAUGAAUUGCUAAAAUGGAAAAAUUACCAGAUUUGUUUUUUCACUUGGUCUACUAAGAAAUUUCUUAUGGUCUAGUUAAGCAAGAAGUAUGCUGUUCGCAUUCAUGAUGUGAGCUAUGCAACAGAAACUUAAACAGAGCAGGGCUUGGAGUUGGUAUGACUUUUUGUGGCAGCUGGGACUCUUUAGAUGGCUGAGCAGAGCUAUUAAAGGGAAAUACAGAUUUCCAUUUAGUUGAAGAUACGCUUUCUUCACUAAGAGUGUGGCUUUUAUAUUUUGUGAAGAGUGUAUUUAUCAUACCAUUUUGUGCCUGCUGGCACUGAUGUAGCAUCUUACAAAUCAAAUACUCGAUUACUGAAGAGCACCAAGAAGGUAGAAGCUGAAUGAAAUAGAUGCAGAUGCACUACAAAUAUAUACAUAUUCAUGAAAACACCUGGAAUUGCUUGACCACUGUUGCCCUCUGUUCAAAUUGUUAUCAGACCUACCAGAGGAUUGUGCCUUUAUUUUUUUUUUACCAUUCCUCUAAAUUGGUUUUUCUCUGUGAGCUGCAUAUUUGCAUUGCAGGUCUUUCCUUUUCCUAUCUAAUAUUUUGGCUUAAGAUUUCAGUCAUUCUGUUCUCCAAAGGCACUGUUUGAUAUGCAUGGUAUUAAAAUUGAGAUCUCUUCAGUUAUGCAUGAAAUGGGGAAAACAUUCUCAAAAGGGCUGAAGACAGGUUUGUUGCUUAAAUGGCAGGUAAUUAGAGUUCAAGUGUUGUCUCUGUGCUUGUGAAAGGUUUUUUUGUAUUUCCUCUCACCCUUUCAUUACAUUUCACAUCAUCUUUGCAGUAUAGUAUAAUUCAUGAGAAGUAUGUCCUGUUCUUCCCCACUGAACCUUAUCCAGAUAUUAUUUUUGGUUUUAACUUCUUCGGAGUAGUAAAUUGAUCCUGUCAUUAAAUUUUCCAUAGAUCUUUACAGAUUAGAAAUUCUCAGGAUAGUGGAUAUGGGACUAAUAAUUUUUGUCAGAGAUUCUGACAAAUAAGAGAUCUUCCUGUAAAUAAAAACGGAAAACUGGUUAUAGGAUCACAGUUAUGGUAGGUCCGCUUUGGAAGAAGAAAUAGUGUAGCGUUUAAAACUUUUCCAUUAUAUUAACUGAAUGAAAUAAGAAUUGCUUUGUCCUUUUCAAAUGUGUGUACACACGUGCACCACAUGGUUUAUCACACGAAGGGCUUCACUGGAAGUGUUUUAUGUUGCUCAGCAGUGGACAAAAUAGAGAAAAAUCCCAGCUGAAAUGACAGAUUGACCAUGAUAAACUCUUUAAUUCUGUGGAGAACUUCCUGGCUGGGAUAGGCUUUCAAAUAUUGAAUGAGAUUUAUUGCUCUAUUAUAGUGUAUAGUCUACACAGACACCGCUAUAGUCUGCACAGAGGGCUCCAUGGCUGAACUUCGGAGGUUUUAUCUUGGCUGAUAAUGUUUACUUUUGUGGCCUUGGGUAGGUUACCCAUACUUAAUGCAUCAGUUUUCCAAAGCGUAAGACUAGCACAAUGAUCCAUUUUCUGAUGGAUCAUGUUAAAAAUUAAAAAGUUUUAAAAGUUCUGUAGUCAUCUUGUGUAUUAUAUUUACAGUCACUUUUAUUUACUGCUGUUGUAAUGAUUGAGAUCGUUGAUCAGAUGUAAUUGUUAAUACAAGAAUUAUUUCUGCACAGUCCUCUACUUCCUUAGUUGCAACAGUAACUGACAGCAUCAAUGACUAGAGGAAAGAAAGCAUGGAUCCAGAAUUAUAAUUUUGUCAAGCCUAAAAUAAAUCAAAUAGAAAUGGUAAAGAAGUAAUCCUUUCUAAUUGCUAGAUAAAAGAAAAAGUGGAAAAAAAAAGGGCAAAAAGUUCUUAAAAUAUGGGAGAACUUACUCUAGAUAUACAAUCUAGGUAUAUAUUUAGGGUAAUGUAGAUUUCCAAAUUUUAGGGAUUCACAGAAUUCAUAAUUCAGCCACACUGCCAAAUUUAAUUUCUUGUUUGAAGAAAUUCACCCUAAACUUUCACCAGGAUGGGUAUGUAUUACUUCCCCCCAACACACACACUUUUUCUCAGGUAGUUGCUUCUUCCAGCAUACUGGCAUUGUACAUUUAUCCUGCAGAAACAUGUAAAGUGUGUUGCCAGGAGAUUAUUCUUUUUUGUUCCCUCUUGCUGUGUACUGUGGUCAUACUGGGCACAUGCCCUGCUCUGGUCCUAAGUGCAUCUGGGUGACUUUCUGUAACAGCAUAUUGCUAAUGGCUUUGUGCUUUAACACAAAUCUACUCGGUGAUUGAAAUAGAAAAAGGGAAUCUUUGGCCAAUCUUGGCAUGUCUCUGAUUCUUUUUGAUCAUCAUUUGGCUUCUAACUUGACUUCCAUUCUGUUGGCAUAUAAUUGGGUAUUUUUGGAUUCUCAUUUGUUAAAUUCUAAUUCUGUUGGCACCAACUAAACAGUGUCCUCUUGGUACCUUCAGUUUGAACCUGAUACUUCAAAGCUACUGACUGCAGUAUUACUAGCUUCUGGUUUCUUUGUAUGGGAGAGGGUUUUUUUUAAUGAGAAAAAGUAUUCCUAGUUUGGACUGGAAGUGUUGCUUUACAGGAACUGGGGUCAUUGUUCCCUAAGCUUUCCAUUAAUGUUUGAAUUGAUUCUUAUGAAUGGAACAUGUUUCUAACCUUCCAGAACUGAAAAAUCUUUCUCCUGUUUCGCCUCUCACCUAAAGUAUUAAAUGAAUCUUUCCUACAUGUAUUUUGUUUCUGGAAAACCUGAAGCAGACAAACAGAAUGGGUGUUUUGCUGCUUUUGUAAAGUAUUUUGGGUAUGUGUACAGUAAUACUGGGAGCAGGGGGUCAAGUUUCAAGUCAGUUUUGUUCAUUGUAGUACAGGUUAUGCUUUGUGAACAUCAUGAAUUGUAUCAAAAUGGACAUGAAUUGUACUCCUCAGGCACAGUAUCAGCAGAGAACCUCAAACAGCAGGAUAAGAGUUUCCUUUUUUCCUGUUGCUUUCCUACUAUAAGUGAAACUGGUUGGUGAACCAACGGGUUAAGUACAGUUUGUUUGUCUAAACUUAAAUUUAGACUUUGGCUGUAAACUUGAUGCAAAAUUUAAAAUUCACUUUAAAAAUCUGAAUAUAACAAAUAUUCUUUGAAAGAAAUUUGUCAUCUGUCACGCUUGAAUUUUCUAAUUAGGUCUUUCCCUAAAAUAAGACUAUUUCAGUUGCCAAAAAAAACCCCAGCACUUAAUCUUGCCUAAAUCAACUGAACUAAUUUUUUAAAUGCUGGCUGCUGUGUUAUUGAUUAAAUUCCAUUUCCCUUGAGGGAGAUGACUCUGAAAACGGGAAUGACUGGAACCUUAUAUAAUACAUCCAUAAAUUUAGGUUUGUAUCUCAUUUUCAUAAUUUAGCUUCGGUACUAGUGCUGUGAAUCUAGGACUUGUUUUCUGUGAAUUUUCCUGUUAAGUUUGAAAAUCUCAGCUGUUACUUCAAGGGGUACCCUAAUUACUUUUUGUUUUUAUGACGUUGGCACAGUAUCUGACAGUAUGUUAAAAUUUCUUUGCUCUGUGCAUCUUCUCUGUUCCAUGUGAAGAGCUCCUUUGUGCAGAGUGUCAAAUACUUGAAGGCGUUGAAAAGAUGCUUUGAAAUUGAAUGUGUUUUGGGGUUUGUUGUGGUUUUAGUCUGGUGUAUUUGGUUAUCCUGAACUGUACAGUUUCUCAGUAAUUGCUGUUUAGGGGUCAGUACAGUCAAAGUUUCCAGUAAGCAGCUUGGACAUAUGGUUUUGCUGUAUGACUGUUUCUCCUUUUCCUGUGUUCCUCUGUUUCUUGCUCCAAGAGGAGUGGCCACAGGGAUGUGGGAGGGGACGUCUUACUACGUUUGUGUUAGUCUCGUAUUUUCACUUUUUUCCUACAUACACAGACAUUUAAGGGUUGUUAAUCAGUCCCAGACAUUUUACCAAUGGCCAUUGCAGCGCCUGGGGUCCUAGAGUUGCAUUUCUGAAGACAUGACAAGCACUUUUAAUGUAUUGGGGUAAAUAUUACUGUUACAGAGGCAAAGGCAUCUUUAAUUAUAUACCAAAUCUUUAGAAUGGUUUUCAAAGUAUUUUAGUAUGUAUCCCAGUUAUAGAUACAGGAUUUAUAUAUAUUAUAUAUAAUAUAUAAAUAGAGCUAUGGUAUACUGAAAGAAUCUAUGAAAGCAACUUUUAUUAUAUUGUAACAUAAAGUAAAAGUUAACAAAUUUGAACAGUAUUGGAUAUGUUAAAAACAGCUGGCCUAAGCCAAUCUUCAAGAAUGAUUGCAUCAUACUUAUUAAAGCACCAGGUCAGGUGAAUAGUCUUUUUUCCCCUGUUUCCUACUCCGUGCACCUUAUCCUCUUAUGGAGUAAACCGUUUUUUAAGUCUAAAUUUCAGCUGUGCAGUUCACUUUUGAAGUAAUACUAGUUUUUUAAAUUGAAGUCCGCAGUGUUCUAUCCAUUUCCUAUUGUUUUCGACAUACCUGGAUUUGUUUGGUUAAACUACAGUUUAAUUUAAGCUAUUUUGCUGACUGUUGGAAGUUCAUCUGGUAAAAUGUUAAUAAAGUACAUUUAUAACUCCUAUCCCUUUACUUUGCAAUGUGUAUUAAACUUUGUGAAUGUCUCUUUGGAAAUAAUGUGAGCAAAGUGGAUAUGUCAGCUUACAAUUUAUAAGCAGCUAUUAAUUCUAUAUUGUUGAAGCAUUAUUGAUGAAUAUGUUUCCUUGCAUUUCCUGGUUUUGUUACUGAAAAUAAACAUAUAUAAGUAUAUAUGUAAAAUGGGCUACUUGACUUUUGUCUUUGACCCUGGGGUUAUAUUUAUGCUGUUUAAAAUGCUGUUAGCUUUCAUCUGCAAGGUGGAACCUUUGCCUGAGACUAAUUAGGAAUCUAAAUUAUAAAGACGUUACCAGGAUGUCACGUAGCUGAAUUGGAUGACUGUUUUAAGGAACAAAAUUAAAGUGAAUCCAUUCUUGUGUGACUUCUAAAGUGAUUUGUCUUUCCCUGCAACCAUAUCUGUGUUACCUAAACCACCCCCAGCUACUGAGAGCUGCUUUUAAUGAAUAAAUAUAUUUGUGCAUUGUAGGCUUAUUUGGGGCCAAAAAAAUCGAGAAAAAUAUUAAAACAAUCUGAUUAUAUCAUUACCUCAGACAUGGAUAAUAGCUUUUAAAAGCUGCAUUAAACAAAUCCUAAAAGUAUUACAAACAUAUGUACUGUUUGUUUAGUAAGAUGGACUUCCAUCAUCCAAGAUGGCCAUGCUACAUAAUGCUGUUGGGGAACUGUCACUGGGCUUUGGGGAAACUAGGUAGAUGUUUCACCUUCGGAGAGUAAGAUCCAGUAAAGAGACGUGUGUGCACAUGCACGCAUGUAUGUAUUUAUUAUAUACCCUUUUAAUUGUUUGAUUAAGGAGAAAGCAAAUCACAGCAGUAGAAAAGUACUGUUAGUAUGGCGUUAAGUAUUUCUUUAUAACUUUUAGUUGGAAUUGUGAUUGCUAGCAUCUAAAACCAGCUUUUCUGGCAACCAGUCUCUUAUUUGUGUUCUUGUAAAUAGGAGUAGCUGAGGCAACCUCUGAUCUUUGCACCAAAGAAAUUAGAGGGUAUAUAAUACUUAGGGGUUACUAUGACAGGUCAUUAAUUUUUUCCAUGCUUGUAUUGUUCUUGUUCUAUAGGAAGUGUUGCACAGUACCAGUUAAGGGUAAAGGGAAUGCAGGAAUCUUGUGAAUGCAAUAUGUAAAAUGUCUGUUAAAAGUAUUUGAGUAUUAUAUAAGUAUGCAACCACACAAUAUCAAAACAUGUAUUGCAGCCCUGUGAAAUUUCAUUUUUGUAAACUAUGAUCUUGGUAAACUGUUCAUUUCAUUUUCAUUUUUAUUUUGGUAAGAUAUGACAAAUAUAUUUGGUACCUGGUUGAGUAGAUUUUCAUGACAUCUUUGCAAGGCUGAAAUAAUUACUUCAAUUUUGUGGAAGUUAUUGCAUUGGAAAGAUAACUCUUAAGAAGUGAUAAGUCUGACAUUGAACAGUCAGUGACUGAAAUGUGCUCAAAAAUGUAUAAAAAAGGUCAUUUCCACAACUGCUUAGACUGUGGUCAAAAUCUGUAGUUUUGUAUAUGGACGACUAAAAAUGAAACGUCAACCAUAUAAUUAUGCAUACAAACACAGUAUUGCCACUGUCUCCACACGCACAUCAUUCCCAAAACAAAUUUUUAACAUCACUCCCCAUAAUUUAAGAUUGAUUUUGCUAUUAUAUAACGCCUUGGUGCGUCAUGUAUUAUUGUGGUGGUGUGAUGCUUCAUGGAUUGUCUGGUUUGCAACCUCCAGAUUUUUUUCUAGUUUGUUACAGUAGAAACUAUUAUUAAUAAAAUUGUUUGCACUGUGUCAAGUGUGCCACACGUAAUCUUCAGAAUUUGACCUUUACUACUCUAGAAGUAAUUUUUAGUUUGCAAUGUAUUUUUUGUUGAUGCAUUUUUUUCUCCUUAUUUUUAACUUUUACAUACUACAGUGUUCCUUUAUGAAAAGCAGGUGGCAUUACAACCAAUAACAUUGUUUUCUCUAUUUGAUGAACUGAACUGUGGCGUUAUAUAAUACCAAAAUUUUUAAAUCUUAUACAUCAUAUUUAAAUAGAGAAGUGCAUAUUCAGAACUUUCUUCAAAAUACCAACAUGUAGCUUUUGGUUUUUCAUGUGGUACGGUACAUGUGCAUGUUACCCAGCUGUUCAGUUUGAGUUUUAGAGAUUUCUUUCCCAGUGUUCUACAGUAGUUUGCCAUUGACGUAUAUAUGUUGUGAUGAUGUAACUUCUUUCUGUGUUUAACUUCACAGUUGUAGUUAUGGUGGGAGAUAACCUCCUUUCUCAAUAUCAUGUCUGCCAUUUGUGCUUUGACCUUUAAAUAUGAUCUCCUUCAUUGCAUUUGUUUUCCUUGUGGAAUUGGAAUAGCUCUUUUACAGGCACCCACCCCCAGCAUUUUUUCUUUCUCUUUCUUUUCAAAAUUCAAAUGAUGAAUCAACCUCAUUUGUAGUAGUAAUGGUCUGAAAAAGUUGCUGAUUAGCAAAGCUAAGGUGACAUUCUUUCUCCCACUACAGUGUAGUGUACAACACUAAAAUGGUUCAGCAUGUGGAAAAACAUAUGAUAGUAGCUUGUCUCAAUGUCCCUACUUCUCUAGAGGUAGAUGAGGAAACUGCUUCAGAAUCACUUGAACACCAGAAACAGCCCUUCAUUUUAUUGUGAGGCUGAUUCCUUUCUGAUUCCCCUUUAUUAGUUUACUAUUUGCCAGUGUGGGAGCCCCUGGUGGUCUAGUGAUUAAGGGCGCGGCGCUGUCACCGCCGAGGCCCGGGUUCGAUUUCUGGUCAGGGCCACUACCUGGGCAGAUGGAGCUCGUUAGCCCUGUAGGCUAUCCAUCUACGUCCUGAGGACCUCGCUGCCACCGUCCAAGCUCGCUUGGCCCCGGCAGAUGAACCUUAGGAUUAAAGGGUGGGCUCAGUUCCACGCACACUGUGUCUCACCUAAAAAAUCCAAUGCGCAGGCUGGAAGGAGUAAAGACCCUUCCCCGGAUCUUCGCUCGCGAAGACUGGCCAUUAUCAUUUGCCAGUGUGUAGGUUAAUUAUUAGAUAUUGCAGUCAAUGACAUAGAGGAUAUAAUGACAGUCUUCCAAAAGAAAGAGGAAAGCUCUUAAUUAUAAAACAUUUACAUUGGUUUUAUUGCAAGUCUUAAUUGUGACUUCAGGUGGCCCUAUUCACUGCAUUUAUGCAUUUUUUUACAAGUUCCAGGGUUUUUAUUACUCCUAAGAACCCUUCUUCUAUUAUAGUUAUUUUUAAAAAUUUUUAUAAUAUCCAUAUGACACUGGUUCCAGGAAGUCGCUAUAUAAUUAUUUUCAUUCUCAAAGAAAACUGUAUUAUUCUUGCUUCUCCCCAUAAGUAUAUCUUAAUUUGUCAGCACAUCUGUAUCUCAGUAUUUUCUUUAACUUUUAAAAUGAAUAUGGUUGGGAUUGGAAGAAAGCAGAUGUAUGGUCUGGGUGUAUGCAGUAGAAAAUGCAUGAAAUUUGAGUAUAGGUCAUUUUUACUGAUUGAUUGUAGAAAAUUCUGAAUUAAAGUGUAAUUACUGAAAUACGAAUAGAGAUUUUACAAAAGUCAUUAAAACAAAGUCUGUUUCUAGUGGUUUUCAUGGUAAAAUCUGAAAACCAUUACUCAGGACUAUAGAUCACUUUUGAGCAAAAGUUUUGCAGUUAGAACAACUAGAAAUACCAGUUUCUAAUAUUACGUGAGAAAAAAUGCAGAAAUCUGAAUAAGUUGCACUCAUUUUAUACCUCCUUUUCAUUCUUUUGUUUCCCAUAUGCACUAUAAAACAGUUUCAGCUUAACUGAUGAAGAGGUGUUUAGAAGAGGUUACGAUUUGGCAUCUCCCUGGUUGAGGUCUUAGCAAGUUUCACUUAGAUAUUUGAAAGGGAUGAGUAGUUACUUUUUCAGUUGUGCCCUUUCUUCUAGGGUCUUUCAGUUGCUGCUUUCACAAGUUAUCUGCUUGCUAUUAAAAUACUUUUCCUUCACACUUGCCAAGUUAGAUGCUUGCCUGGGGCAUCUGGCACGCAGACAGUUACAUAUUGGUAAUUGCAGUCCGUGCAGACGUGACUUUGCAGACUGAAGCAGCUGGGGCAGAGGGGCUGCAAUUUUACAAGAUUUUCUUUAAAGAACACACUUUUUAAAACAGAUCAAGAUUGUUCAUUGAAAGUCUUCUCCGUGGUGGGCUGGUUCAGGAGAGAUGCACAACACUGAGCAUAGCAAAGUAACUUCACAGUACACUUACCCCAUCUUCUCCCAUGUUUGUGGUGGUGCUUGCUCAGUUGCUGCUUGGCUGUUAUUUUCUUUUCCCUGCUACCUUUUUUCCUCCUCCUCCUUCCGUUUUCUCCUUUGUUUCUGCUCUUAAUCAUAUCUUGCAGUCCUCUUCCCUGGCUUCACCUCAUGUUUUGCCUUUCAGCUCUCAAGUUUGCAUGCGUCUUCUUGGACUGGAUCUACAUUAGAUUUCAGUAUGAAAUGUUCAGUUACCACACACAUUGCUUUCAUGCAAAAUACCUCAAUUGCAAAUUUAAGUUCACCUACCAGCUGAAGAAUAAACACGUGACUAUAUUAAAAUUAGGAAGUUAGGAAAAUAUGAAGACACGUAUUUUUCUUGUUUUCUUCCUAAUAUUUUUUUCACAGAUAUAUAUUUAAAACUCUGACAUUCCAGAGUAGGAUUUGUUAGGUUUAAUUUUUAAUUCCAUUCUUAAUUCACUUUUUUCAUGGCAUUGUUUUAAGAUUGUUACACUGUUGGCUGCCAUAAGAAAGCAGAAAGAAAUUUAAAUGAAGGCAGCUCAGAUACAUUGUGGUUAACUGAAUGGCUCAGUCUGUAAUGUUGCUACUUCCAGGCAGUACAAACUUUGCUCACCUGCUAUGGAUAAAACAGGUCCAAAAUGGCAGUAUGGCAGUAUCGUGGAGGAUUUCUACUUACUUGGAAUUUAAGGGCAUAUACAUUAAGAUACAUGAGCCUUUCAGAAGGGUGGAGAAGGGAGUUUGGCAGCUUACAUUUCUUUUCAGUCUCACUGAAAACUUUUUUUCUGCUUGAUUACUAGAAAUUACCCAGAUGCUAUUGUAAACAAACAGAUUUAAUGAGACUUGUGGUCUACUUGGAGAGUGGUGAGCUGUUUCUGACAAAUGAUGAAAGGGUUGUUUGCAGAGGUUUGAUUUUGUCUACUUUGGUUGCCUUGCUUUGGUUUUGGUUUUGCAUUUGUUUUUUGUAACUGUGACAUUUUAAAUAGAUACAAAUCACUUUAUAUUGAUGUAGGUUUUUUGGUUUUGUUUCAGCUUAUUUGAUAUGCUAAGAUGAUUGAAUCUUUUGUUAUUAAGACUUACUAGGCAAUAUGUGAACUGAAGCACCAGGUAUAUGUUUGGAGUUCUCAUUAAAUGAUUUUAGUUAUGUCGUUUGUGUGACUGCACUGAUGAAAAGGUGUUAAGACUUCAUCAUCUUGCUCUUCUGCAGAGAUCAGCUGAGGCAGGUUAAUGUUGUUGGAUUCCUGUGUUUGGAGAUAACUAAAAAGUCAUAGUAGACCAGAAUGCUUUGACUUUGCUUCUCUGCUUUACCAGUUUCUACCCAAAUGCUUGCUGAAAUCUAAAUUAGGAGCUGAAAGACUUGUUUCUGAAUUUGCUUUUCAUUCCUGGAGUUGAGAUACCUACAGGUAUCUGAAAACUGUGUGCCAACACUACAGAAUAUAGAAAUGGAUACUUUGCCUCCUUUUGAAUGUUGGUGGAUGCCUUUAUGGGAGGCAUAAUUAGUACUGUGUUUUGUGUGGGGAUUACACCGUGCUCCCCUAGGUAGGAAACACAGUGUUCGGCAUUUGGGGGUUUUCAAGUUUCCCUAAUAUUUUCUUGUACCCCUGUCUUUCAUUUGAGGGAAAUCCAUGGUUGGUGAACAAAGGGGAAUCUAGUUGGGGAGGCUGGGGAGUCAGGACUGCAUGGAGUGCUGUGUUUUAGGUACAGCAUCUGCUUGGAGUAGUUGGAGUGUGUGCCCUGGAACCAAGACUGGGGGAUGUACCACAGAGCACCGCUCGAAAGGCUGCCCUGCUGAUCUGCAGCUUCUAGUGUGGGUUUCUGAAAGAACCUAACUACUUAUGGAUGGAUAGCUCCUGAUGAGGAGAUUGCUGUCAGGGUCACUUAGAAGAAAACCUUGAAUAGUGUGGCUGACUAAGAGAAGGUCUUUCCUCCUGAGAAUUGCAUGAAUGAAACCUCGUCAGCUGAUUUAAUACUUGCCUGUUUAACUAACUCCAGAUUUUGACCUUCCAGAUACCUGGAAGCUCUAAGAACUUUAUUGACUAGCACAGUCAAGUAGGGCUUCAAAACAGCUGUCAUACAGAGUAUUUUUCUAAGGAUUUUUAUUUCCUUGCAGAGGAAGAACUUAAAGGAAAUUAUUUUAUUUCAGACUAAUGUAUUUUAUAGUGGAAAGAAAUUAGUAUUUUGGUGUUAGUUUUUUCUUUUUCCAGUUCCUUAUAAAUCUCCCUCUCCAUUUUUCAAUCUUCUUUCCCCUGGCAGAGAGAACCAUUUGUCAGUCAAAUACAUAUUGUUGACUGGGAAGAUCAUCAAGUUGGAAUGAAAUUCCUCUUAACUUGAUGCUAAUCAAUUUAUCAUUGAUUAUUUUAAUGUACCUUUUAUCUUAUGGUUUCAAGUGGGUAAAUCAGCUCAUCAUACUAAGAAAACUGAAGCUGGAAAGUACUUUAAAUAGAAACCACUCAACAGAAGAAUUCCAUGGUUAAUAAUUCUGAACUAUGUUUAUGUUUAGCAAGAUAAGAGUCACUAUAGAGAUCUCUUCUAUCACCUGUGAACAUAAGUAGUUAGAUAUUUCUUACCUAAAUUGUGUAUCACAAUUUAUUAGCAGAAUUUCAUCAGUGGCAGCAUCAGAACUUGAGGCAAGAAGAAAUCAUGCUGUAAUAAUGCAUAAUGAAGAGAACAAUCCCAUCAGGCACUCCAAAUUCAGUGACUGAUUAAUUCAAACACAGCUUUUGCUUGCAUUUAGUUACCAUUUGAUACCUCUUUUGCCUCUCAGAGCUUUGCCUGUGGUAGAGUUGUCUUUUGGACCUCCUUAAAGACUUAGUUUUACCCAAAGGGAAAGGUCAUAGAGCAGUCUCAGUGCUUAGGCUUUGUGCAUCUGUCCCCAUCUGACUGGACAGAAAAAUCUCUAAUCUUCCUAGAAGAGUACAUCAUGUCGGCAUUUGUACAGACCAUGUGGGUCUGAUAACUCUUACCCUUUUUUCUAUGUUAACUGCUCAGAGAUUUUUGAUAAUUAUGGUGCUUUUAUAACCCUUUUCCUUCCUAAGGAACUCAAUUUAUGGAUUAGAGUAAUCAGUAGCAGUUCAAUCCAACAAUAAAUGAUCAUCUCUUCCACAAAACAAAUCAACAACAACAAAGAAACCACAACUAAUUUUUGCAGCGAGGAACUAGAAUAUUAUUCAAGAUUUUUUCCUAGAAAGUAUAUUUAAAACCAUAUAGGAUCUCCUCUGUAUUUUUUGUCACCUAAGGGAAAAUGUUGUUGUUCCUUCCAGUUUGAACAGCCAAGGGACAGCAGUUGAUCCAGAAGAUAAAUCUUGCUUGAUGGUCCUCUAAGGCUUUUUGUUAUAACAUUUAGCUCAAAAGAUCCUUUUAUGCUAAAGGGAUGGUUACAUCUCUCUACUCAUAUGUAGAAUUAUUAUUCAUGUGUAGAAUAACAGAAUACUAAAAUUUGUGCUAAUGAGUGAGAAUGCAGUAAUGAAAUUACUGGAUACAAUUGGAGUUUUCUGAUUGUUUUGAUACAUUUUUAAGCAUACAGGUUCCAGUGCAGUUUUUUCCCUUUUCUUAUUGUGAAGUCAGUGUCUUUAUAACCACAUAGGCCAGGCUGUCUCAAGAUAAAUAAUAUAUUGUCCUGGUGACUGUUCUGUCAAAAGAUUAUACUACUACAGAGGAGAGCACAGAUUACAACCAGAUUGAAAUGUUAAGAAUCAGAGUUGAAGUAUACCCUGUAACAGCAAAUUGUUACGCAUUUACCUGUAAAACAACAAUAUUCUAUUAGUCAUCAGUGUUUUUUACUCUUUACAAAGCUAAAAAUAUUUUAAUACUUGUUACUGCAGUACAGUCACUUGGUUAUCACCUGUUCUUCACGUCCUGGGAUAUUUGUCUGAAAUUUCCUUCUCUCUCAUUUCAUCAGUUCCCUUGUAAUAAGUAUCAAUUGAGACCUCUCCUUCUGAAUAUUCAGUUUGUGUCCCUUUUCCAUCUGUGUUCUCUGGAUUUGCUUUUGCAAAAUGAAGGAGUUUUG